AUGCCUUCCUAUGCUAAUUUUCUAAAAGAAAUUCUUUCAAAUAAGAAGAAACUUGAGGAUAACGAAACUGUUAUGCUUACCGCUGAAUGUAGCGCCAUUAUCCAAAAUAAUAUGCCUCCCAAAUUGAAAGAUCCUGGUAGUUUUUCCAUUCCAUGCGUAAUAGGAAAAACUAUUAUAGACAAAGCCUUGUGUGAUUUAGGAGCCAGUGUUAGUUUAAUGCCCCUUUCAAUCUGUGAAAAGCUAAAUCUAGGUGAGCUAAGACCAACAAGAAUGUCCCUUCAACUGGCUGACCGCUCAGUUAAGUACCCCAGAGGUAUGUUGGCGAACAUCCCUAUUCGAGUAGGACAAUUCUAUAUCCCCAUCAAUCUAAUUAUCAUGGAUAUCCAAGAAGACUCCAAUAUUCACAUCAUAUUAGGAAGACCAUUCUUAGUAACCGCCGGUGCAAUCAUAGAUGUAAAACAUGGAAAACUAACCUUCGAAGUAGGAGAAGAGAAAAUUGAGUUUAUCCUCUCUCAUUUCUUAAAAGCACCUACAAUGGACGAUACCUGA